GAUCAAACAGUCUUUUUUUGAGACGCAACACCGAAGCCUUCAAUCUCACAAACAUAUUCAUUGCUUGCGUCCACGGAUCAAUUCCUGCAUUUCAAUCCUCUUCUUUGGUUGCUUCCUUCCCUGUUCCCAUCCCCUUCAGGAACAGAACCAGUAAAAAAGGGAUUCUUACUGCCUCGUGACGAUUGUUGGGUUCUGGUUAUUGAAUUCCCAAAUCUGCUCAAGCUUCUCUCUGCUACUCAGAUAUCCCUCAGCGCCUCGCUUGGAAACAUGGAGAGGGUUAUCUCAGCUCAGGGCCUCCUUUCGCUGCCUCCCGCACCGCAAGCUCGCACCUUCCGCCGCCGACUCCCCUUCGCCGCCGCCCGUUUCGCCUCCCCGGUCCUCGGCUUUAACUCGAAGGAGCGAUCUCCAUCGCUCCCGAGGCUGAGAGCUGCCUUCGACCCCCAAAGACUGCUCCUUUCGUCUCCGCUUUAUGGGAAACAGAAGAAAGGUCCGGUUUUUAGCGCCGGAGCUGCGGUUCCCACCGGCGGCGCCGGGUUCGUGGAGGGCGAGGCGGAGAAGCCUAAGUUGUUGGGGGUCGAAAUUGCGACCCUUAAGAAGAUAGUUCCUUUGGGGAUCAUGUUCUUCUGUAUUCUUUUCAACUACACCAUUCUCAGGGACACCAAGGACGUGCUCGUGGUGACGGCCAAGGGGAGCAGCGCCGAGAUCAUACCUUUCCUGAAGACCUGGGUGAACCUGCCGAUGGCGAUCGGGUUCAUGCUUCUGUACACUAAGCUGUCGAACGUGCUGUCCAAGGAGGCAUUGUUCUACACCGUGAUCUUCCCCUUCAUUGCCUUUUUUGGAGCAUUUGCCUUCUUGCUGUACCCUAUGCGAGAUGCCAUCCAUCCCACGGCGCUAGCAGAUCGGCUGCUGGCGGCGCUCGGCCCGAGCUUCCUGGGCCCCGUUGCGAUUUUGAGGAUUUGGAGCUUCUGCCUUUUCUACGUCAUGGCCGAGCUGUGGGGCAGUGUCGUCAUCUCGGUCCUCUUCUGGGGGUUUGCCAAUCAGAUUACUACUGUCGAGGAAGCCAAAGAAUUCUACCCAUUGUUUGGACUUGGAGCUAAUAUCGCCCUCAUCUUCUCCGGGAGGACGGUAAAGUACUUCUCUAAUCUACGUAAGAAUUUGGGGCCAGGAGUUGAUGGCUGGGCAAUUUCGCUGAAAGGAAUGAUGAGCAUCGUAGUCCUUCUUGGGUUUGUAAUAUCUGGAAUCUAUUGGGGUGCCAACAAAUUCAUCGUGAACGACCCAUCGCUUCCAAGAUCAAACCGCAAGAAGAAGGAAAAGCCAAAGCUAGGGAUGAACGAGAGCCUCAAGGUUUUGCUGUCCUCUAGAUAUGUGAGGGAUCUUGCCACUUUAGUGGUCGCAUACGGUAUCAGUAUUAACCUGGUAGAAGUCACAUGGAAAUCGAAGCUCAAGGCACAGUUUCCUAGUCCAAAUGAGUAUUCAUCUUUCAUGGGUGAUUUCUCAACCGCUACUGGUAUUGCAACAUUUACAAUGAUGCUGCUAGGGCGGUGGAUUCUCCGAAAAUUCGGUUGGGGGGUGGCAGCCAUGGUUACUCCCACAGUUCUGCUUCUCACCGGAGUCGGGUUCUUCUCACUAAUCUUGUUCGGUGAGCCUCUGGCUCCCCUCUUGGGAAGUAUUGGGCUGACUCCUCUGCUUGCCGCUGUUUACGUGGGCGCAUUACAGAAUAUUUUCAGCAAGAGUGCCAAAUACAGCUUGUUUGAUCCUUGCAAAGAAAUGGCUUACAUUCCUUUGGACGAAGAGAUGAAGGUUAAAGGGAAGGCCGCAAUCGACGUCGUCUGCAACCCCUUGGGAAAGUCGGGAGGCGCCCUGAUCCAGCAAUUCAUGAUUUUGACAUUUGGCUCUCUAGCUAACUCGACUCCGUAUCUAGGAGGAAUUCUUCUGGUGAUUGUUCUUGCAUGGCUAGGUGCUGCGAGAUCCCUGGACUCCCAGUUCUCUCCCUUGGCUAAGGAGCAGCUUGAGAAGGAGAAAUUGCUAAAAGAAAAAUCCAACACACCUUCCAUCAAGGCAACGAAAGAAGAAACUGAACAGUUGCUCGCCCUUGAAUCUGCAGAAGGCGGGAAUUCAUCCAAUGGGUCACCUUUGAAUCACAAAUCGAUUCCGGAAUCUGGGGCUACCUCAGAGACCUCCAGUAAGCAUGGUCAGUGAAAUUACCUUAUCAAGUAGCUAUAAAAGGUCGAAGGCCUGGGGUAAAUUAGAUCAGUGUUGCAUCAAAUACAAAUAACAUGGAGGCGGCAUUUGAGAAACUUCUCCCUGUCUGUUUCAGUAAGACUGCUGGCCUGUUCGACAUUUCGUUGGGUCAAGUAUUUGUUGGCAAAAUUAGCUCUUCGUAAAGCAUACCAAAUAGUUGGAUGCUUUUACGACAGCUACUUGCUAAAUUCUUACUCUUCUUAUUCUUAGUUUACAAUAUGUGCAAAUGUACCUUGUGUUUGUUUCUUAUCAACUGGGGCUAAUGCAAGUAUUCAAAUAAGGUUAACUACUUUGCAAAGAUUUAAGCCAA